AUGGUGCAUGCUCCGGCGGUUGCGGCCGAACCUACGCCCACCGUUGAAACGCUUCCAGAUGCGGCUGAAGAACAGCAAGACAAUCAGAUCUCGUUGUUCGAUACGGAUAUUGCUGCCAGCAGCGCGGAACAGGACCAAGAGCUAGCACCACUAGCCGAGACGGUUGUGGAAGCUGAAGAUGCGGCACCUACUAUGGAUGGUGGAAGUAGUUCCAAGGUAGAGAAUGCUGAAGAUGCAAAGGAUUCCGUUCAGGAGUCGCUCGCUAAAGCAAGUACGGCACAAUCUGAAGACAGUGAGCAGUUGACUCUAUCGGAAGCUUCUGGUGUAGUUGAGCCUGAAGGUGCAGAGAGCUCUGACCCACCUAAGGAGGGAGUUGAUCAACAUAAGAGGAGUACUGGAGAAGCUGAAGAGGCUGCCAUUCCGUUGGUAGAAGCAGAUCCCAACAGCUCCACUCACGAUCUGCUCCAAUCAAAGGCAGGUGCUACCCAGCUUGAAGAUAGCGAGAAGUCGCCCCAGGCCGAAACAUCUCGCACGGUAGUAGCUGAAGAUACAGAGCCCUCUCUGCAGCCUGGACAAUCUGAGGCUAAGGAUGAGUCGAGUCCUUCUAAUACUCUCGUACCUGAAGUACCAAGGAACGUUGAUACUUCUAACGAUGAGCUUCUACAAUUACCAUAUCUGGAUACAAGUGUCGCUCAAUCUGAAGCUAAGGAUGAGUCGAGUCCUUCAGCAGCUACUAAUACUCUCGUACCUGUAGUUUCAAAGAGUGCUGAUAAGUCCAACGAUGAGCUUCUCCAACCAACCAACCUGGAUGCAAGUUCUGGUCAGUCUGAAGCUAAGGAUGAGUCGAGUCCUUCCGAACCUUUCAAUACUCGCGCACCUGAAGCACCAAAGAGCGCUGAUAAUUCUGAAGAUGAACUUCUGCAACCACCCAAUCUGGAAGCUGCUCAAUCUCAAGAUACCGAGAAGUUCAACGCACCAGCUGCAGAAACUGCAAACAACUCUGAAUCCCCCCAAGAAGACCUCACAGCACAGCCUCAAGAGAUGUCGACUCCGUCUAGAACUUCCAGCACGCUGGCCACGGAAGCAACCGGCACGGACGGGAAAGCAAACGAUCCAUCCGUCAGCAAGAAAGCGAUCCACCCAAGCACUCUCCAGCGGCUGGUCCGAGCGCUUAGCGAGACCAACUUCAUCGAAACCAUACUGUCCGCUAUAAGUGCGAAGCAGUAA